UUAAUGUUCUCGUUUGUUAUGGAACAGCAUUGUAUCAAUAUGUUAUACAGUUUUCUCGUGUUGUCACUUUUGUUCGCCGUACAUUAUUCCCUUGAAACAAAAGACAUUAGGGAUGUGAGAACAUAUCGAGAAUCAGAAGAACAUACAAGAGUUGAUGACAUUUUACGCGAGUUACAAGGAAUAUGUCUGCAUGAAAAUCAGUACAGAGAUGUUAAGCAACUGAAAAAACAUACACAAUCUAUACUAAAAAAUAUGGCGGUGUAUAAAGAUGUAGUAAAGAUGAAUAAACAGUUAAAGGAUGAUAUACAAUGGAUUCUAGAAGAGUCUCGUGGCGAAAAAGAAGUUUCAAGAAUUUUAAGACGGUUAAAACUUGAUGUAAAAGGGAUAUGUGGACGUAAAGAAACAGGGAAAUACUGCACUGAAUUAAAGAAAGCUAGAGCAAUCUCCGGUGUCUACCAAAUAUUUCCCGAAAAAACAGAAGGAGUAAAAGCUUAUUGUGACAUGGAUACAGACAAUGGGGGAUGGACUAUUAUCCAGAAAAGAUAUGACAACUCUGUUAACUUCCAGAGAACGUGGACAGAAUGCGAAAAUGGGUUCGGUAACGUCAAUGGAGAAUAUUGGCUUGGCAACACCCAUAUUCAUCGUUUGACGUCCAGUGGUACAUAUGAGCUGAGAAUAGACCUAACUGACAAAAAGAACAAGUAUUAUGCUAAAUAUAAGACAUUUGUUGUUGGGGAUGCAUCAUCUCAGUACAAGCUGACGAUUGGAGGUUAUAGUGGAACUGCAGGAGAUUCGUUGAACUUCAGCAACGGAAUGAAAUUCACUACUGUUGACAGGGAUAAUGAUUUAUCCUCUACCAACUGUGCCAUGGAACGUGGACCUUGGUGGUUUAAAAGCUGUUCUCGAAGUGCCCUGAACUAUCCAUUAAGAAACAAUUGGUACUAGUAUCAUAUAAGCGGUCAUUAUGUAAAGAUGUCGGUGAUGAUGAUACGGAAGUUCUAGAUAAAUAAAAUUAUUUACAUAAACAU